CGGAUCAUUGCUCAGAUGAUGCACGCUGCAGAUUACCUUGGCUGGGAUGUGUCUGAGCUGAGACCAGUGCUGAAGGACAUGAUGACGGCCAUCGACGCAGACAGCAGUGGCACGGUCUCUCUGGAUGAGUGGGUGGAGGGAGGAAUGAACAACGUCCCCCUGCUGGUGUUACUGGGUCUGAAGAUGACUCAGAAGGAUGGGCAGCACCUAUGGAGGAUGAAGCAUUUCAACAAGCCUGUCUACUGCAACGUUUGUCAGAGCAUGCUGCUAGGACUAAGGAAACAGGGGCUUUGCUGCACCUGCUGUAAAUACACGGUCCAUGGACGGUGUGCCAACAUAAACCCAGCUCCCUGUACCAGGACCUAUGUCAAGUCUAAGAAAGACACAGGGGUUCCAACCCAUGACUGGGUCAGUGGGAACUGUGACUCUGGGAAGUGUGACAAGUGUCAGAAGAAGAUCAAGAGUUAUCACGGGCUGACGGGAAAACACUGUGUCUGGUGCCACUCCAUGCGCCAUGAUGACUGUGCCUCCCAGGAGCCCUCCAGCUGUAACUGUGGACCUCUCAGAGACCAUAUCCUCCCCCCCUGGGCUAUCUACCCUGUUAUAAAGACAUCGUGUCUCCAUUUGUGAAACUGCUGUAACCUGUAACUAUUUAUCCCUGAACAGAUUAAUCCGGUACCAGACACUCAUCCUCUUCUAGUGUUUGUGAACCCUAAAAGUGGAGGCAAGCAGGGAGAAAGAGUUCUGCGCAAAUUUCAGUAUUUGCUGAAUCCACGGCAGGUGUAUAACCUCUCCAAUGGUGGACCUGGACCAGGGCUGUGCUUCUUCAGAAAUCUGAAGGAUUACAGGAUCUUGGUUUGCGGAGGGGACGGCACUGUGGGCUGGAUACUUGAUGCCAUAGACAAAGCCAAUCUUCAAGUGCGGCCACCUGUGGCUGUAUUACCCCUGGGCACAGGAAAUGACCUCGCUCGUUGUCUUAGAUGGGGAGGAGGUUAUGAUGGGACAGAUCUGUGUCGGAUCCUGAAGGAGAUCGAGGUCAGCACCCCGGUGCUGAUGGACCGCUGGAAUGUACAGGUGAUCCUAGAGGACCCCCAGGAGACAGGAGACCCUGUGCCUUAUGAGAUCAUCAACAACUACUUCUCCAUCGGAGUGGACGCCUCUAUUGCCCACCGUUUUCAUACGAUGAGAGAGAAACACCCCCAGAAAUUCAACAGCAGAAUGAAGAACAAGUUGUGGUACUUUGAGUUUGCCACCUCAGAGACCAUCUCUGCUUCAUGCAAGAAACUGAAUGAAUGUCUUACAAUUGAGUGCUGCGGCACCCCAUUAGACCUGAGUGGCCGUUCUAUGGAGGGGAUCGCUGUCCUCAACAUUCCCAGCAUGCACGGUGGAUCCAACCUGUGGGGAGAAGCCAAGAAGAGUGAAUGCAAGUGCUUGAUGAAUCCUCAGGAAAUGCCUGUGGUUAUUGUUGACCCUGAAGUCUUGAAAGUCAGUGGACAAGACGUCAGUGACCAGCGUUUGGAGGUGGUUGGCCUUGAAGGGGCCAUGGAGAUGGGACAGAUAUAUACAGGACUCAAGAGCGCUAUACGACUAGCAAAAACCUCCCAGAUCACAAUCAGGACUAAGAAACCUUUACCGAUGCAGAUAGACGGAGAGCCCUGGAUGCAGCCACCCUGUACGAUUCACAUCACACACAAGAACCAGGCCAGUAUGCUGAUGGCUCCCCAGGGCCGGUCCAGCUUCUUCAGCUCAAAGUAGUAGCCUGCUCCCUGGCUUCAAGCUGUAACAUGGCUGGCCUGUAUACACUUGCUUAUUAUUGUACAUUUUGUUGCCCAGUGCAGUCAAAUGUGAUUUUCCUGUGUUUUAUAUAUAUUUCCUCUCUGAGGUUAGAGUAAUAUUGUGCAAAUUAUUAUAAUGUCCUUUUAGUGUAAGAGCUGUUUGAAGAGACUGCCUAACAUUUCAGCCUGUUUUGCUGUGAAGGAGUUUUGGCCAUGGUAGUAAAUUAGCGAAUAGACUGAUAAGAAAUAGUUCCAAACCUCUCUGUCAGUUUCAACAGAUGUGGUAAAGAGGUCAAUGGAAGUUGACCAAAACAAGGAAAAUGCCAUGGAAACGCGGUGGGGGGAUCCCGAAAUAUUUGCAAAAUUAGCCUACAUUUGCAUUUUAUGCUAUUGUUUGUAUAUUUCACACUAUGUUGAGGUAGAAAUAGGAGUAUAAUGCUUGUAUAGAUGUCAACCCCAAUACAUGUUAAAUCAAAUCAUCUUCACCAAUCAAGUCAUCAAUCAACUUCAAUAUAGUUGAAAACAACUUUGAUUAUCACCACCAUUGGAGUAGUGGAAAUGCGUUCUCUGAAGUGAUGAAUCACACUUCGCCAUCUGGCAGUCCGACAGACGAA